UGAUGUGAACCUACCGGCAUUUGGGGAUUUAGUGCCGGGAGGAGGAGGAGGAACCGGGGAAAACAGCCUCAUCCCGACGCGCUGCUGUCCGCAGAAAACACGCUCCCGCGUCGCCUUAAAAAACUGCCAGGCGCGUGCGCGCGGUCACACCUGAGCCGGACAGGUGGUGAAGCGGGUUUUUCUGGGCGUGGGGAAGCACGCAGGAAGAAGCUCGCCUACUAGUUUUUGUUUUUUUAGGGGAGGGGGGUGGGGGUGUAUUUGUCGGAGUGAAAACUUGGGACUGCAGGAGCCGCGCAGCGCGUUCACGCCGGGAUGUUACGUUGGGAACUUUUUUGCCUUUUCGUGAAGGAUCGUUGACACACUUUUUUUUUUUCCAUCUCCUAACUUUUUAUACCUUUUUGGGGGAAAUACAGACAGAAAAACUCCGCGAGAGGAAAACACCCAGAGGAGAGUCAGGUGGUCGAUGACAUCAGAGAUCCACGGCCUGGACGCUGAUCAGACGCCAUGACGGAGCGGCGGUGGGCGUGGCAGCUGGCCCUCGUCGCCCUGGCGACCGCCUGCGUGGUCCCCUGCCGCGCUAAAAACGAGGAGUUCCCCGCCGACACGCUGAUCAACAACGUGGUGACGGACCCCCGCUCGGGCCGCCUGUACGUGGGCGCCGUCAACCGCCUCUACCAGCUGAGCGCCGACCUGCGGGUGGAGUCCCGCACGGAGACGGGCCCCAAGAAGGACGCCAAGCAGUGCACGCCGCCCGUCACGGACGCCUGCGAGGAGGCCGUGGACACGGACAACCACAACAAGCUGCUGCUGGUGCAGGAGGCCACGGACGUGCUGGUGGUCUGCGGCAGCGUCUUCCGGGGCAUCUGCUCGCUGAGGAACCUGAGCGCCGUGGAGCAGCUGCGCUACUUCAGCGACAGCAAGGGCGAGAAGUCGUACGUGGCGAGCGCCGAGGAGGGCGUGUCCGUGGUCGGGGUGACGUCCUACUACACCAAGGACGCCAAGAACUUCACCGUCUUUCUGGUCGGCAAAGGCUACGGCAGCCACGACAGCACCAAGCUCAUCUCCACCCGCAUCCUGCAGGACUACGGCGACUGGGUGGUGUUCGACAGCAUCAUCGAGGCCUCGGCGGUGCAGGCCAACCCCUUCGUCCUGCGCUACCUCCACAACUUCCGCUUCGCCUUCAAGGACGGCGGCUUCGUGUACUUCCUGUUCUCGCGGACGCUCGGCGUGCAGGACACCAAGAACUUCACCUUCGUGUCGCGGAUGUGCGAGGACGACCAGGGCUACUACUCGUACACCGAGCUGCAGCUCAACUGCAGCGGCACCAACAAGUACAACAAAGCUCAGGCCGCCUACGUGGCGACGCCGGGGGACGUUCUGGCUCAGAAUAUGACCCAGUCGGGCCGGUACGGACCGGUGUCGGCCUCCGACAAGGUUCUGUUCGUCACCUUCACUUCCGACGAAGACCCGUCCAUGUCGGCCCUGUGCAUGUUCCCCCUCCCCUCCAUCAACCAGAAGCUGGUGAGCAUCACAGAAGCCUGUUACAACGCCAAAGGCCUCAUUGACGAUAAGGCCGCCGUCUACUCGCCGUACUCCUCCAAGUCGGACGAGCUGUGCAGCAGCAGCAGCAGCAGCAACAACAACGGCGAGCCCAUCAAGAGCAAGUGCGGCGCCGAGCACCUUCCCUCGCCGCUGGCCAGCAAGGCCGAGUUUGCCCUCACCGCCGAGCCCGCGUUGGCCCGCAAGGGUCACAUGACCGCCGUGGCGGUGGCGGUGGAGAAUGGGCACGCCGUGGCGUUCCUGGGCACCGCCAACGCAGAGGUGCUGAAGGUUCACCUGUCGGCCCACGCCGAGGUGUACGGGCGGGCGCACGGCGACGUCACGGGAGAAAAGGUCAACAAGAACCUGCUGUUCGAUUCCCACCUGCAGCACCUGUACAUCACCACGGAGAAGAAGAUCACCAAAGUUCCCGUCCAAACCUGCCACCUGAAGACAGACUGCCAGUCCUGUGUCUCCAUGAAGGAUCCGUACUGUGGCUGGUGUGUCCUCGAGGGAAAGUGCACCAAGAAGAAGGAGUGUAACAGGUGGUCGGAGGAGAAGAUCUGGCUGUGGUCGCCCAAUCAGAAGUGUGUUGAGAUCGAGGCCUUCGACCCGCCGAACCUGAGCCAUAAGAAGACGGGGCAGGUGGACAUAAACAUACCCGCCCUGCCGGUCCUCGGUAGCUCGGACCAGCUGCAGUGUCAGUUUGGUUCCUUCACCAGCAGGGCCGUGGUGGUCUUCGCUGACAGCCAGGUGCGGGUCACCUGCUCGCUGCCGGACCCCGUGGAGAUCCCCCCCACGCCGGACCAGCAGGACUACGUAUCCGUCCCCGUCACGGUUCUGGUGAACAACAGCAUCAAGGUGACGUCCAGAGAGUACGACUUCUACAACUGCGCCGACACGGUCAAGAAGAACCAGAACUCACCGUGUAUAGCGUGUGUGACCAGUAAAUGGCGGUGUCAGUGGGACGCCCGGGAUCACACCUGCAGCGACAAGGACGACGCUGCAGGUGGAGAACACAUCGUCAAACCUCAGCAGGCCGACAGUUGUCCUCAGUUCGAGUCCCCGGAGCCGCUGCUGGUCCCCGUUGGGUUCCAGGUCCCCAUCAGCUUCCAGGGAAGGAACCUGGGCAUCUACACGGGAAAGAGCUUCUCCAUCGGGACGGAGCUCAUGAAGGACACGGAGGUGACGGUGACGGCGGAGCAGGGGUCAGAGUUCAAAUUCACAGGCUAUGAGUUCUCCUUUGACAAGCAGCAGGAGGUGAACAUAUCUUUCCAUAUCAAAGACACAGACACUCUGAGAAAGAUUGACAGCACCCUGACAGUGGUGCUGUAUAAUUGCUCUGUGGGAAGAGAGGACUGCAGCCUGUGCAAAGACGCCGAGGCGGCGUACCGCUGCGUCUGGUGCUCCGCGGAUCGCCGCUGCGUUUACCAGGAGAGCUGCUCGCGGGCCGAGCCGGCGCAGUGCCCCGACCCGGAGAUCACCGACAUCGUCCCUCGCUUCGGGCCCCUGAACGGUCAGAUCUCCGUCACCAUCAAAGGCUCCAACAUGGGCAUCAAGAAGGAAGACGUCAAGAAGAUCACUGUGGCCGGCGUGGAAUGUGACCACCAGGGGGAGCGGUACUCUGUCUCCACCAGUGUGGUGUGCGAGAUCGGGCCGGCGAGGCCCCUCCCCCCGAUGGACUUCCCCUUCGAGCGCAUCAACAGCGGCGCGGUGGAGGUGGAGCUGGAGGGGGGGCGGAGGGGGACGUCUAAGGUGAUCUUCACCUAUCGGGACCCCAAGCCGCUGCUCGUGCACCCGGCGAGGGGUCCGGCCGCCGGCGGCACGCUGAUCACCGUCCAGGGGGAGCACCUGGACACCGCCACCAGGGGGGACGUGUCCGUCGCCGUGGGGGGGGUUCCCUGCGAAGUGAUGGCGUUCGGCGAGCAGAUCACCUGCAAGACCGGGCGGUACCGCGGGCCGAAGGUUCCCUCCGAUCUGCUGCCGGUGACGGUGCGCUACGGCAGGAACACCACCAAGGAGGUGGCCUCCGCCUACCAGUACUCUGAGAACCCCAAAGUCACGGACUUCCUGCCCAAGGAAAGCUUCCUGUGCGGCGGGCGGCGCAUCGCGGUGCUGGGGAGCGGCUUCGACCUCAUCCAGAGGGCGAGCCUCAAGGUCGUGCCCCUCGCCGACGAGUUCUCCCAAAGCGCCUCACCUGCAGAGUUCGUCCAGGAGGCCCUGAGUAAGAACGACACCGUCCUGGUGUUCCUCUCCCCCCCCGCGGGCGCCGGCGUGGACCCCCAGGAGCUGAGGACCUUCGUGCAGCUGGACAACGAGACGGAGGAGCUGAAGAACUUUGUCUACCACCCGGACCCGACCUUCAACAAGCUGGACAAGAACGUCAUCACCGAGACCAGCGUCAUCAUCGUCACCGGGCGAGGAUUCACCAAAGCCAUGACCACCGCGGAGGCGCAGGCCUUCGUGGGAGACGCCUCGUGUCGCGUCAACGUCCUGCAGGACGAUAAGCUGAUCCUGGAUGCUCCUCUGUCGCAGCCCGCGCCCAAACGGCAGCGCCGAGACGCCACGGACAACAAGCUGGAGCUCGUGGUGAAGUUCGGCCACGGCGAGUGGACGGUGGAUUUCGUCACCUACGCCACAAAGUACGACAUCCCGCUGGCAACCAUCAUCCCCUCGGUCAUCAUACCCAUGCUGCUCUUCAUCGCCGUGUCCGUGUACUGCUACAGGAGGAAGAGUCGUCAGGCAGAGCGGGAAUACGGGAAGGUGAAAAACCAGCUGGCGAAUCUGGAGGAAAGUGUUCGAGAUCGCUGCAAGAAAGAGUUCACAGACCUGAUGAUUGAAAUGGAGGACCACACCAGCGAUCUGAGCGAGGCCCGGAUCCCCUUCCUGGACUACAAAACCUACACGGAUCGGAACUUCUUCCUGCCCUCCAAAGACGGCGCCAACGACGCCAUGAUCACGGGAAAAAUCCAAAUCCCAGAAGCCCGCAAGGCCAUCGUGGCUCAGGCGCUGAACCAGUUCUCCAACCUGCUGAACAGCAAAACCUUCCUGAUCAACUUCAUCCGCACGCUGGAGAGCCGUCCGGACUUCAACGCGCGUUCCCGUGGUUACUUCGCCUCUCUGCUGACGGUGGCGCUGCACGGGAAGCUGGAGUACUACACGGACAUCAUGAGGACGCUGCUGCUGGAGCUGAUGGACGAACACGUGCAGAACAAGAACCCAAAGCUCAUGCUGCGCAGGUCUGAGACGGUGGUGGAGAGGAUGCUCUGUAACUGGAUGUCCAUCUGCAUCUACCAGUUUCUGAGGGACACGGCCGGGGAGCCUCUGUACAAACUGUUCAGGGCCUUGAAGCACCAGGUGGAGAAAGGCCCCGUGGACGCCAUGCUGAAGAAGGCCAAGUACACGCUGAACGACACGGGGCUGCUGGGGGACGACGUGGAGUACUCCGUCCUGACCCUGCAGGUGUUGGUGCACGGGGAGGGGCCAGAUGUGACUCCGGUGAGGGUGUUGAACUGUGACAGCAUCACACAGGUGAAGGAGAAGAUCAUCGACCAGGUGUACAGGAACCUGCCGUACUCCCAGAGGCCCGUGGUGGAGAGCGUCGCUUUGGAGUGGCGUCCCGGCUCCACGGGGCAGAUCCUGUCCGACAUGGACCUCACGUCCCAACAAGAAGGUCGCUGGAAGAGGCUCAACACGCUGGCUCAUUACAACGUUCGAGACAACGCCACGCUGGUUCUGUCCAGAGUUCUGCACACGAGGUCCUUCCACCAGCACCAAGACAGCUACGAAGAGAAAAACGCCCUGCUGGAGGAGGACAACACGUACCACCUGGUGCGUCCGGCUGACGAGAUGGAUUAUGGGAAGUCAAAGCGAGGCAGCGUGAAGGACAAAGCGAUGACCAAAGCCAUCACAGAGAUCUACCUGACCCGCCUGCUGUCCGUCAAGGGCACGUUGCAGCAGUUCGUGGACGACUUCUUCCGCAGCGUGUUGUGUUCGAGCUCCACCGUCCCUCCGGCCGUCAAAUACUUCUUUGACUUCUUGGACGAGCAGGCGCUGAGGCACGACAACGUGGACGAGGAGACGCUGCACAUCUGGAAGACCAACAGCUUGCCUCUGAGGUUCUGGGUGACCAUCCUGAGGAACCCUCACUUUGUCUUUGAUGUCCACGUGGCGGAGGUGGUGGACGCGUCGCUGCACGUCAUCUCUCAGACCUUCAUGGACGCCUGCACCAAGACGGAGCACAAGCUCAGCCGGGAGUCGCCUAGCAACAAGCUGCUCUACGCAAAGGAGAUCUCCACCUACAAGAAGAUGGUGGACGAUUACUACGAAGGCAUCCGGCAGAUGGUUCCGGUCAGCGACCAGGACAUGAACACACACCUGGCCGAGGUGUCCCGGCAGCACACGGACAAGCUGAACACCCAGCUGGCCUUACAUCAGCUGUACCAGUACGCCAGCAAGUACUACGACGUGAUCAUCCAGUCUCUGGACGAGGACCCGGCCGCCCAGAACAAGCAGCUCACGCUCCGCCUCCAGCAGAUCGCCGCCGCCUUGGAAAACAAGGUCACCGACCUCUGACCUUUGACCUCGCAGAGGAGGUCGGGGGGGGGAGGAGCCAGCGGCUGCUGUGGUUUUCCAUUUAAGGACUCGAAGGAAGACGAGCUCUGCCCGAGCCGAGUGUUUGACCGAGUACGGACUGGAGUGGGAGGGGCCAGUGCAAGCUGCUGACCAUAUAAGGACUGAAGGGGGAGGGGUUACGGGACUCUAAGGAGGGGGAGGAAGGGGGAGUUUGGACAAAUGAAGUGUUAAAAUAUGGUGGAGACCCCCCCCCCCCCCCAGCGUUGUUUGGAGCCGUUUGGCUUCUCUUCUCCACAAAUCACAAUUUAACCUGAAGAUGAAAGGAGCUCCACACGAGGAAUGAACAUUUCUGGAUGAUUGAGAAUAAAAGUGAAGCCUUCUGUUUUUUUUGGAGAUGUUUGAUCAGAAGUAAAGCUUUUAACACACUGCAGCCUGCGACCUGCAGAUGUCCCAUCGACCAAUGAAAAGCAGCCCCGAGCCGGCCAAUCGGAUGGGAAGGAAUUCAGGGUACGACUUGAUGAAAUCAGACCACGACGUUGUGAACCUCACACGUCAUCUCCUUAGUUCUUCUCGUUAAGUGUUAAUCAGCGUGUUAAAAACCCACGACUUCCUGAUCAUGUGGUCACUUUUAUGUUAAAGCGUGAUUUGUUUGUUUUUUUACAAUCUGUACGUCGCUUCUUCUGCAAAAACCUUCACGCGUUCAGAGGUUUGUUUUCUGCACACGAGGAGCCCGAAGAGCCAAAAAGUCCUCAAAUAAACCCAAAGUUCUGCUGGUGACGGGUUUGAAACCCAAUGAAGCUCUUUCUGUUUCUAAGGUACGAACGUUUGAAACUUUGAUUCCAGAUGUUAAAAGUGAAUCACGCGCCGCCAUCGCCUGCUUAAGUUCAGUUAGAGACACGCAGGACAAGAAGUUGCCUUUAAUGAGUGAAUCCUAUAAAACAUCGUGAUUUGUAACGUUUGAAUUCCUGAAAUACAUCAAGUUUUAUCUUCAUUGUGUCAACUGCGUUUGCUGCUGUGUUAAAUCCUCCAGAAGGUGUGAGACUCUGGUGGUCUCCUGGUGGUCUCAUGGUGGCCUCCUGGUGGCCUCCUGGUGGUCUCCUGGUGGCCUCCUGGUGGCCUCCUGGUGGUCUCCUGGCCUUCUGAGCCCAGACAACGUGCUUGUUGGUCUGAUGGUGACCCCCCCCCUCCCCCUCCCUGCAGACUGCAGCUUUACAAAGGAGUUUGUAAAAAAAACACUUUGGUGCCAAACGUGUGUUGUUGGAGUUUUGUGUUUUUGUGGGUGGAGCCAGAAAUAAGGUGCGUUAGAUAAUGUUGUACUUUUCUAAAGAAGAAAACAAAAUAAAAACGUUUUCUUUUGUUCUGAUUCUUCUGACAUCAGAGCUCACGCUGCAAAUCUGUUCAGUUGUUAAACAUUUGAUUGAAAAAUGCAUCUUUAAAGAGUGUGUGUUGCUCCGAGUGCCUUAACGAGUCCGUCUGAGGGUCACAGAAGGUCCUUCAUCACCUUUUUAAUGAUCAACUCACGACUCAAAGCAUAAAAGAAGCGUUCUCUAAACAUCGAAUACAUCAAACUGUAUUUGAAUCAUUCUCCAACAAUACUUUUGUUUUUGAAAAGACGUUUAUAAAAACUUUUCCAUUUUCACCAAUAAUCUGUGAUCCAGAGCUGGAGUCAGGAUGUGGUUAGCCUAGCUUAGCAUGGAGACAGGAAGUACGUCUUCCACCUCUAAAUUCAGACAACUUUAAUUCAUCAGUUAGCCUGUUAGCCAGUUAGCCUGUUAGCCUUUUAGCCAGUUAGCCUGUUAGCGUAACAGUUGGGCUAACGGCUACUUAAGGCUCAGUCAUGAUCGUUAGCAUCAUUAGCAUAUUGCUAUCCACCAUUAGCAUCAACAGUUGAAUGUCGCAGUAAUUCAACUACUGUGUGAAAAUAAACGCUUGACACUGGAAUCUAUUGAUAGAAAUGGAAAAUUAGAAUAAAAAUGUUUUUUUUAAUGUAAAAUCACCUGAGAAUGAGAAACCUUAAAAAUCAAAGUUUGAGUUGGCUGCAAUCUGACGGACUAAAGGAAACAAGACCUUUUUAAACUGUUUGGGGUUCAAUGAACAUUUUUUUUUUCCACAUUUUGAAGGAUUUAAUUUGAAUUUGAUUCAAACUUGUGAACGACGCACGGCGGAUGUUUCUUUUAUUUUGGGCACGCGGCACAGAGACGAGGGAUCGGCACAAAGUAAAAACUAAUUUGGAGCAGUUUUGAUUGUUAAAACGAGAAAAAGGACCCGCUGAUUAUGUCGAGGGUGAAACGUGUUCAUGCAGAGGUUUUCUAGUAAUCGUUGUGUUUUCUGUUGUGGAGAAAGGGCCAGAAACCAGGAGCUUACUGGUCUCUACUGGUCUGGAGCCCAAAUCAGUGACUCUUCUUAGUGGAGAAGUGGGCAAAAAAAUAAAUGAAGGAAACGAUACACAAAGUCCAAAUAUCCAAUAAAAGAUGUUUAUACAAAAGUCUUGUGUUCUCCUCCCGUCUCUAUUUGAGCGACUCAAAGGUUUUUCUGAACAAACGAAAGCAGAAUUUCACGCGAUGAGAAACGAGCGUUUGACUGUUUGUUGGCGGUGGAUUUGAGUUGUUGUUGUUGUUGUUGUUUGUGGUUCACAGGAGACGCAUUGUGUUCUUCACCCUGGAGCCCGAGAAGAGGAGGAGCUUCCUGUCUGUCACUCACACGUUUAACGGCUGCUGCAGAGCAAAUAUCUGUGUUUUUGAGACACAUUCCUUUUGUUUUAAUUCUGUGGAAUUGAUUUAUGAGGAAAAAAGGGA